CCCCUUGUUUCAUCGCUCGCGCCUAGGCUCAUCUCUCUCAAUCAGAUGAAGGCAAGCGACGAGCUGUCAGAAGACCAAGCGCGGCAGAUGCUUUACGAAGUGGAAAGCGCAUAUACAAACUGGUUCCGUGCGCUUCAAGGGUGACAGCCAGAUGAUGACGCGUCAGCAUGCUCACGUGGCGCCUCGCAUCAGGGCGGGAAGCAGCCUCGGCGGCGAUUGCGCUCGUACACAAGCCUGCGAUGGCCUCCCAUCCGAUGUGCUAACUACUUGUGCGCUUCCCAUUCUGCACAUGCUGCUUUCGUUCUGGCUCGCGAUGAUUCACCCCUUCAGGGCAAUGAUAUCCCUACAUAUUGUCUUCUAUCACCACGAUACGCUCGACCGCUGUUGGUCUGAAUACUCUCCAGGAGCCGAGGAAGAUGACCUGCCGCAUUCUCCAAAUUUGCCAACAAACACCACUUGGCACAACGUGACGUCUCUAUUGCAAUGCAAGUACACUCUAGGAGUACACCCGCGUGGACUCUGAACGACGAACGGAAUUCUGCAAACCUGACAAAUGUAGCCUAGCCCUUGCAAGCAUUAGCAAUCAAAGCCGCAAGCUGCUGAACGAAUGGCUCAUGCAUCAUCGUGACUGCCAAGAGGGUUGGGAAUGGUCAUGAGUACAGACUCGAUUCAUCUGAUGGCAAAAG